AUGCCUCUUUGGAGGCGCUGCUUGCAUAAAGGCCGGUUCCUGGUUCUCAAGCUGCUGAGGUCAGCAGGAAUCCACGUGCUUCCAAAACAGACAGGACAGGAUAACCAAGAACAUGUCACUGUAGAAAUACAUCCUAGACAAAAGACACCACAGAUAAAAAAGAAGUUCUCCUUUGGAAAAGGCUUUCAAGGUGACGGGGGGCAAGGAUCAACAUUGCCGGGGGGACGAGAUCUCUAUGCUUAUCCAUGGGAUAAAUCCAGUCUGAAAUCACUGCCAAUAGAUUUGAAACAGUUUAAGGAACUGGAUGCCUAUGCAUCAAAGGUGGAUGUCAGGGACAGUAUGAAGAAUCUGGUGAAUGUCUUGCUCCAAAAAGCCCGCAGCGAUCUGGAGAAACUCCGAGCCAUUUGGAUAUGGACUUGCUAUCAUAUCGCAUAUGAUGUGGAAGGCUACCAUAAUUUAGCAAACUCCUCUUGUGAGCCGGCAGAUGUCUUUCAAUCAAGAAAAAGCGUUUGUGGUGGCUACGCGAAUCUCUUUGAACAAAUGUGCAGCCUUGCAGGGAUACAGUGCAAGUGUCUGUCAGGAUUCUCCAAAGGCUAUUCAUACAAGCCAGGAAAGGUCUUUAAGGGGGACAGUGAUCAUGCCUGGAAUGCUGUUUACCUAGAUGGAAGGUGGCACCUUUUGGACAGUACGUGGGGAAGUGGCCACGUGGAUGACUCUUGUCGCAAGUUCACUUUCAAAUACGAUGAGUUUUACUUCCUUACCCAUCCUGCUCUGUUCAUUAAUGCUCACUUCCCAGAAGACGAGAAGUGGCAGCUUCUGAAACCGACGCUGACGCUGCAGCAGUAUGAACGUAAUGUGAAGUGUGCGUCUGCUUUUUAUUCAUCAGGGCUUGUUGCAACAUCUGAAGAAACAUCAGUCAUUGAAACAGAAAAUGGCAAAGCCACCGUUUUGAUUGAGAGCCGUUCUCCAACACUCUUCAUGGCUGACCUUAAUCAAGUAAAAGACUACUGUUUAAUAAAACUGCUGAGGAAUGGGAUGAUGUUGGAAGUGUAUCCUCCACAGACGGGAACUCAUCGUUUGGUUAUCUACGCCAGACUGGCCAAGGACACGAAGGACGAAUACAAUCAUGUGUUAGAAUACAUCCUGAAGUGUAGUUCUGUGGACAAAAGCAUCUGCUUGCCCAAAGCACUCAUCCAGCCUGUGGGGCCCAGCUGGCUGUCUGAGGAGAAGGGGAUCCUGGAGGCCUUGCCCCACGGCCCCGUUAUCCACACUGACGAUGGCCGCUGCACGGUCACUUUCACGCAGAGUCAAUAUCUGGAUUUCUUCGCCACCCUGGAUAUCGACUCCAGCAGUGUGACGGAAGCGAUGAGGAGGCGUCACAUCUGGAAAACCUGCCGAGGCAGCCAGGUGGAGUUGAAGAUUCACCUCCCCCAUGCAGGAGAGUUUGCGCUUCACAUCUGGGCAAAGAAAACGUCCGAUCCGGGAAGCCAUCACUGCGCCCUCAGCUACCUCCUCUCCUGUCCAAACAAGAGCGUGAAGUGGCCGGUUUUCCCCGUGUGUUAUGACAACUGGCAAGAAGGCUGUGAGCUCGUUGCACCUCUUGCUGGCAUACUGCCUGCCAACCGUGAGGUGCAAUUUAAGCUCAAGAUACCUGGUAUAGCUAAGGUAACUGUUGAAUGCGGAAAGACUCACGAACUGACUCUCAGUAGAGAUGGCUUCUGGGAAGGGACCUGUAACACCUUGCAUGGCGCAAAGGUACAAGUCAGAAUAUUCAAAAUUGCCAAUGAUAAUACCUACUGGAGUUUCUUGGAAUACAAAGUGGAAAAGCAAUAG